AUGUCAAAGAAACGCGUGUCGUAUUACUACGAUUCCGAUGUCGGAGCGUAUACCUAUGGACUCGGACAUCCCAUGAAGCCCCAUCGAAUGCGGGUCGCCCACGACCUCAUCACGGCGUACGACAUGCUACCCAAGAUGCUUGUCCUGAAACCGCCGCGCGCAUCCCCGGAGGCCAUGACCUCCUUUCAUACCGACGAAUAUGUCCACUUUUUGAACCGUGUCACACCUGAAACGUCCGAGGAGCUGACGUACCACGGAACGCGCUUCCUUGUUGGGGAAGACAACCCACCAUUUGAAGGCGUGUUCGAGUUUUGUUCAAUAUCAGCUGGAGGUUCCAUGGCUGCCGCUCACCGUAUCACCUCUGGCGCUUCUGAUAUAUGCAUAAAUUGGGCCGGAGGACUUCACCAUGCCAAGAAACGUGAGGCGUCUGGUUUCUGCUACAUAAACGAUAUCGUCCUCGGUAUACUUGAACUUUUACGGGCAUAUCCUCGUGUGCUUUAUGUGGAUAUAGACUGUCAUCAUGGUGACGGCGUCGAAGAGGCUUUUUACACCACUGAUCGCGUCAUGACAUGCAGUUUUCACAAGUACGGGGAAUACUUUCCUGGUACGGGCACUCAGGAGGACAAGGGAAGAGGAAAGGGGAAGGGAUAUGCUGUUAAUGUCCCCUUGAAGGAUGGGAUUACGGAUGAGUCCUUCCAGAGUAUAUUUGAACCUGUUGUUGACAAAAUACUAGAAGUCUUCCGGCCGAACGCUGUGGUUCUCCAGUGCGGUGCAGACUCUCUUUCGGGAGACAAACUCGGUUGCUUAAAUCUCACGAUGCACGGACAUGCUCAUUGUGUUCAGUACCUACGCAAGAAGAGUGUACCUCUGAUACUCCUCGGGGGCGGCGGCUAUACCGUUAAAAACGUUGCGCGGACAUGGACGUACGAAACCGCCUGUGCGCUAGGUAUAGAGGACACCAUCGACCCCAACCUUCCCUGGAACGAAUAUUUUGAGUGGUUUGGUCCCCGAUAUCGCCUAGAGGUCAUGGCUAGCAAUAUGGAAGACAUGAACGUCAAAGAUGGGUCUCUGGAGCAAGUCCGAAUAAACGCGCUCGAACACCUCCGGGAGCUUAACAGUGCACCCUCGGUCGGGAUGCACGACACGCCUAGAGAGAGCCUACUCGAGCAUAUGGGUUUUGGCAAGGAGAACGACGCCCAGGACAAACUGGAUGAACGGGUAGCUCAACACACACGGUUCGUGUACAAACUGCAGGAAUCCGACACGGCCUCGUCCUCAUCAGACGACGAGUCGUGGGACUCUGAUGAAUCCAUCGGGCGAAGGCGUUAUCGUCGUCGCCGGAAACAGCGAAUGAGUCUGCUGACUGGGCAGUAUUUUGAUGUUGCGCAUAAUCAGCAGUCGCGGAGAAAGUUUUUCCAAAGCAAAGUGGUGUUUGACGAUACGUGGCAGAGGGUCAAGUUGGUUCAGGAGCUUGGAUUGGGAUUUGGGAUAAGCGAGCUUGGGGGGCUUAUGGAGAGGGGAGGGACGAAUAUGGAUGAGGAAGAUGAGUGGAUAGAGAUGGAUACUUGA